ACCAGGGCGGAGGAAUUAUGGCUGACAGGCCGAAGCCUAUCAGUCCUAUCAAGAACCUGCUGGCCGGCGGCUUCGGUGGCAUGUGCCUGGUGUUCGUGGGGCACCCGCUGGACACGGUCAAGGUCCGACUGCAGACGCAGCCCUCAAGUCCACCUGUACAGCCUCCCAUGUACUCUGGGACCUUUGACUGUUUCCGGAAGACUCUUAUUAGAGAGGGCAUCACAGGACUGUAUCGGGGCAUGGCUGCCCCCAUCAUUGGCGUCACCCCCAUGUUUGCUGUUUGCUUCUUUGGAUAUGGUUUGGGGAAGAGACUGCAACAGAAAUCCCCAGAGGACGUGCUCAGCUACCCCCAGCUGUUUGCAGCUGGGAUGUUAUCUGGCGUAUUCACCACAGUAAUCAUGACCCCAGGAGAGCGGAUCAAGUGCUUGUUACAGAUUCAGGCUUCUUCAGGAGAAACCAAGUACACUGGUACCUUUGACUGUGCAAAGAAGCUGUACAAAGAAUCUGGGAUUCGAGGCAUCUACAAGGGGACUGUGCUCACCCUCAUGCGAGAUGUUCCAGCCAGUGGGAUGUAUUUCAUGACAUACGAGUGGCUGAAAAAUAUCUUCACUCCAGAGGGAAAGAGUGUCAAUGAGCUCAGUGUACCACGGAUCCUGGUGGCUGGGGGCUUUGCAGGGAUCUUCAAUUGGGCUGUGGCCAUUCCCCCAGACGUGCUCAAGUCCCGCUUCCAGACUGCCCCUCCUGGGAAGUACCCUAAUGGUUUCAAAGAUGUGCUGAGGGAGCUGAUCCGGAAUGAAGGAGUCGCAUCCUUAUACACAGGCUUCACUGCAGUGAUGAUCCGAGCCUUCCCAGCCAAUGCAGCCUGUUUCCUUGGCUUUGAAGUUGCCAUGAAGUUCCUUAAUUGGAUCACCCCCAACUUGUGAGGCUAAAGGCUUCUCAAGGCUCUGAAUGCUGGAAGCUAUUGCCAAGGAGGGGAGGGGAAUGAUGGGAUCAGAGCUGUGUGUGUGGACUUGGUGAGACUGUUGCCUUAAUGACAUUGUCUGCCUUGUGUUACUUGGUGUACCAUUUUGAAACUUGAAUUCACUCUUAUCGAUUUAAGGGAUUUCAAGAGGAUUUGGAGAUGGAAGUAAGUAGCUUCCAGACCAGCUACCACCUGUGGUCAGAGUGCUACCCACCUCUUGACUGAUGACCAUACUAUAUCCAAAAUACUCCUUACCAAAACUUUGCCUCUCACUGGAGGCACUAUGCAUGUUUUUGACUAGCUUACCUCUUCGAUUUCCAGGGUACCAUCUAAUCCUGGGCUGCACAUAGAAAUGUGAACUUGAGGUCCACAUCUCUCUUUCCAUGUGGACUGGGCAUGUGUGCCUGUGAGCAGAUAGCCUGUUCACAGUUGGGUUUUGGUUUCUUUAUGGAUGCAAGUAAUCAAGAAGUAAAACUAGAGUAUCACAAUUUCCCAGGAAUAGGUGGAGAGCUUCCCCUACUGCAUAGUGGGAACAGUUUUGAAUCAACAGUCCCAGCUUGCUAGGAUUAAGUAAGAAAGCCCAGGGUGUAGGAAGGCUCUUUUUGCAUACUCUCCUCUCAGGAGAGCACCCUAUUUUAACAAG